UAGUUACGUUUUAGUGAGUCACUUCGACAGUUUCUUUACUCGACUAAUUGAUUAGUCCUCGAAAACAUUCAUCAUUCAUCCUCGGCAAAGUAAUUUGAGAAGUAUCAUCCGGUUUUACUGUGCUCAUAUCUGUUCAACAGUUACACCAAGUCAUAAAAAAUAUAUAUACAUAUGCGAGUACGACUUUUUUUAUACAUAGAGGAUAUAAAUUUAUUGAAAUCUAAAAGAAAACAAAUUUUAUAUAUAUAACAUGGAGUUAUGUAAAUAAUUACAAUUAACAGUUAUUAUAAAUAAGAUAUUGAUAAGCUGAGAUUUACUUAUUAUUAUAAAUGGAAGGCAAAUGCGAAGACAAUAAAGUCUCCAAGCCAAAUCCUUGGCCAUAUAUGAAUAUAGGUUCACUAACUGUAUCAUUUUUUACCAAACUGGCAACUGCUGGUAUUAUUUGGGGAUGGGGCUAUCUAAAUCUGAGCAUAGGAUGGUUAAUUGCACCCAUCGCUUUAGCAGCAUGGAAAUCAGAACGUCGAAAAGACAACGAAUUAAAAACAAUUACUGCCCAAGCUAGUGUAAUGGCUAAAGAAAAAGAAUUGGUUAUGAGCCGAUUAGAUGAGUUACCUUCUUGGGUUUACUUUCCUGAUUUUGAUAGAGCUGAAUGGCUAAAUAAAGUUUUGUAUAAAGUUUGGCCAAGUAUAAAUCAUUUUGCUCGUGAACUGUGUAAACAGAGUAUAGAACCUGCUAUUGUUGAAAAAUUAGUAGAAUAUAAAAUAAAAGGAUUUCAGUUUGAAAGAUUAGUCUUGGGUCGUAUUCCCUUAAAAAUUUAUGGAAUUAAAGCAUAUGAUAAAAACACUACAAGAAAUGAAGUGAUAGUAGAUGUUGAAGUUAUGUAUGCUGGUGACUGUGAUAUUACCUUUUCUGUUGGUAAUAUAAAAGGUGGUAUUAAGGAUUUUCAGAUUCGUGGAAUGAUGAGGAUCGUCAUGAAACCAUUGUUAUCUUCUAUGCCUAUAGUGGGAGGUGUACAAGCAUUUUUCUUAAAUCCACCAGCUGUUAAUUUUAAUUUAGUAGGAGUAGCUGAUGUCCUUGAUUUACCUGGAUUUAAUGAAAUACUAAGAAAAACGAUAGUGGAACAAAUAGCGGCUUUUGUGGUUCUACCAAAUAAAAUCGUUAUACCUUUAUGUGAAACAGUACCAGUUGAAUCAUUGAAAAUUCCAGAGCCUGAAGGAGUUUUAAGAAUUCAUGUAGUAGAAGCGAAAAAUCUUAUGAAAAAGGAUAUUGGAAUGUUGGGUAAGGGCAAGUCUGAUCCAUAUGCCAUUAUAAAUGUUGGAGCACAAGAAUUUAGAACAAAAACACAAGUUAACACUGUGAACCCAAAAUGGGAUUUUUGGUGCGAGGCUGUGAUCUGUUCGUGUAUAAUGCAGAAGGCUAUGGUGUUUCUUUGGGAUAGGGAUGCAAGCAUUCCAUGUGUUCAGUAUGAUGACUUCCUUGGCAGGGCUACCAUUGAAGUCAGUCGUGUCAAGAAAAAAGGAAGCAUUGAUACGUGGGUUUCAUUGGAACAAGCAAAACAUGGUAUGGUUCACCUACGGCUAACAUGGUUUCAACUUUCAAAAAAUGUUGCUGAUUUGAAAGCUGCUUUAAUUGAAACUCAAGAACUUAGAGUAACAUCAAUGAGUACAGCUCUUCUUAUUGUUUAUAUUGAUUCAGCUAAAAAUUUACCAUGUGUUCGAGGAAAUAAACAGCCUGAUGUUUAUCUUGAAGCAAGUGUUGGUGGAAAUACAAAAAGAACAAGUACUAUGUUACGUUCCUGUGAUCCGGUAUGGGAACAAGGCUUUACCUUUUUAGUUAGCAAUCCAGAAACUGGUGCUUUAUAUAUAAAGAUCACAGAUGAAAAAACUACUUCCGUAGUGGGAGAAUUGAAUUAUAAUAUCUCUUUACUUCUGAAACAGAAUAAUCUUGAAAUUUCCCAACAACCUUAUGAUCUGCAGACGACCGAGGUUGACAGUAAACUAAUAUUGUCUAUGUCAUUAAACAUACUGAAAUAUGAAGAACCCGAGCCCACUUCAGAAGAGGAUGACGAUGACUAUGACAUUAACCAGCUCAAUAAAAGAAUUGAACGCCAAGAAUCAAAUAUCAGCAAUACAUUUUCUUCUAGUCUUCCACCUAGUCCAUUGAAAAGGCAAGCGUCAAAAGAAUCAGUGAACAGUUUUACCCACAGUACUGGUUCAGGUGCAGCAAUUGGAUCUGAAGAGCUAGUUGCAGUAAACGAAGAAGCAAUUGUCACUAAUGCUGCACCAUCUUCUCGUACUGGAAGCCCCCAGUUAAUUCAUAGAAAUCUGAGUGUAACGUCAUCUGCAGGCGACUAUAAAUUAGGACGUAUACAGAUGUCCUUGCGUUACAACAUACAAAGGCAGAAGCUUAUAAUUGUUAUACAUAAAAUAGCUAACUUACCUCUGCCACAGAAUGAUCCACACAAUAUACCAGAUCCAUAUGUGAAACUCUAUCUCCUUCCCGAUCGCCAUAAGGAAACCAAGCGUAAAACAGCAGUCAUGAAGGAUAACUGUAAUCCAAUCUUUGAUGAACAAUUCGAGUAUGUUGUUUCUCAAGGCGAUUUAAAUACUCGCACAUUGGAAGUAUCAGUGUGCACUCAGAAAGGUUGGUUGUCUGCCGGAAGUAACGUAAUGGGUCAAGUCCAUUUAACUUUGAGUGAAAUGGAUAUUACAAAAUCGACCACGAGCUGGUACGAUUUACAACCAGAGACUAAGGACUAGAAAAUGAAGAAAAGCAAGUGGAGAUGUGUCCAGUUGCUUAUGUGUUUUUGAAUGUCUACGGUAUGGAAUCUCUCUAAACGUUGAAAGCUCAAACAAUGUGAUCAGACCAAAUUUUGCAUAGUAAAAGAAAAAUGACAAAUUAUGACGUACCACGAACGUUAUGAAAGAUCUGAAAUGAUUAUGUUUAUUAAUACUUGGACCGUCCACUGUCGUCUUUAGUUCUACAGGCACGUUGCGUACUAUUUUUGUUAAAUAUAUUUUAUAUUAUUUACGCUUAUAAAAUACUUUUGUCACUAGCAAGUGCCAUACACAUGAUCUGUUGUUACUAAAAUCUACAUGAUAUGCACAAGAAUAUUUAUAUACAUAAUACUAUCAUCGUGCGAAUAGAAUUCGCUACUUAGAAAGUAUAUAACUUACGAUUAGUAUCUACAUAAGUAGUUACAAAUAACAAUUACUUUUAGUUAUAUAUUUAAAACUACAAGCACUGGAUGUUUGUUUUGUUUUUUCUACGCUUAACUGUUUCACAAACUUUAAUGCUUUAUUACUAAUUGUACGCAUUACGCAUUUAUAUGUAUAUUUUAAACGAUAACUUAUUGAUUUAGUAUACGAUCUACGCGUUAUAUCAUUAAGAACAGUAUCAUUCAAAGUGUAACCUUUUGCACUCCAUUAGCGCUGUUAUGGCAACAUACGUUUCGAACAAUACCAAUAAAAUCUUUCAAAUCUGCCAAAGGCUGUUAUAUAUACCAGAUAAACUGUGAUAAUACAAUAAAGACGUUAUAAUACGGUAAUGAGAAUGAACAAUCAUGCAAUGUGUCAAUAAUUUUUCUGUUGGUUAAUUGUUUAUAGCAUCUUAUCAUAUUAUAGCUGGUUAAUAUGAAAAUGCAUGAUAAAUUUAUCGAGAUUGAUGUUUCAGCCUAUGCAUGGCAAAUCUUUAAUAGUUAUAAUCACUUAAGAAUGUUUACAAAAUCAGCUAAACACACAUUAAACCUAAAUACUAUAUCUAAGCGACCAUAAAUCAAGAAUGUUUUCAUUUUCAGAAGUGACACUAUAAAUUUCUUGGAGUCGCCAGUAGCUUACAUUAUUCAAUUCUUGGAGUGCAAAAGGCUAAUAAUAAAUUUUAAGAAAUUCUUUUUUUAUUUUGUGAAGAUAACCUUAGUAAAGAAUGUAGCGAAGUACUGUCCAGAUUUUCUAAUUAUCUAAAAAAUGACAAAUGUUCGAAUAUCAUCGAAUCGUUAAAGCAAACUCUUGUUCUACUCUGCUUUACUUACGUCGGAAAUUAGUUAUCUAAAAGAAUCCGUAAAAACACAAAAUAUUAUCUAUAUACAGUAGGAUAAGCUGCAAACAUUCGUAUGACGAUAUCUGUAAUACUUUUUGAAAAAUAGGUAUACCAAGUUAAUCAGAAUUUGCGUUGGCGAAAUAGUGUACGAAGCUACUGGAACGAAAUAUGCGAAACCUCGCAGUGCGCGAAAAAUUAAGGUUAACAUGAAUUAUUGAGUCAAACUAAUAUAGUAUAUACAUGUUAUAUUUAUAUACCAGAGUGUUUUGCUAUAUUAUAUAUUGCUAUAUAUUAUAUAAAUUUAUGUUUUGGUAUAUACUGGUAGAAAAUUAUGCCAGUAUAAUGUUACAUGUUGUUGAUGAUAAAAAAUAUAUAUAAGCAUUUCAAACUGCUA